AUGUCUUUCUAUCACUCAAACUAUUUCGUUCUUUUUGUCUUUUUUCCUUUCGGUAAUUUUUUUUCUUUCUUUCUUUCUUUCUUUCUUUCUUUCUUUCUUUCUCCUCUUAGUUUGUUGCUUUCUUCUUUGAAAUUUCAUUUUUUUUAUACAACUUUCUCUUUCAUGACGCAUGUUUUUAUCCCUCAUAAUAUGUCUUUCUUUCUUUCUUUUUUCAAAUUUCAAAUCUUUCUCCUCUCUCUCCUAUUCUGCUUUGACUCAUCUACCAUGUCUGAAAAAAUCUCAUCGCCCAUCAUCCUUUAUCUUACUUUUUUUUCUUUCUUUCUUUCAGAUUUUAAAUCUUUCUCUUUUCUCUCAUCUUCUGCUUUUCCCACAUCUACCAUGUCUGAAAAAGAUCUCUUCUCGCUCAUCCAUUUUUCUUUCUCUCUCUCUUUCUCUCUCUCUCUCUCUCUCUCUCUUUCUUAUCAUGUUCAUUCUCUCAUUUAUAUCUUUCUCUCUUUCAUACUUUGUCGCUCUUUUAUGCAUACUAGACCUUAUUAUUACACAAGUGCACUGACGUACAAAGCUCACCUGAAAUUCUUUCCAAGCUCACACCCCGACCCCCCAAUGUUCGACAAAACGGGUAUCAGAACUGUUUCGCCCUUUUCCUUUCUGUCAGUCUGUCGUUUUAGACGCAAUCAUAUGCCUCUACCGUGUUCUUUCUUUUCCCACCAAAUUCUCACUCCCACUUUUACCUUCCACUUUCCAUUCUCUCUCUCUCUCUCUCUCUCUCUCUCUCUCUCUCUCUCUCUCUCUCUCUCUAUUUCCCUUUAA